UUUUGAAAAGUUAACGUUGAUAAAUUUUUCUUUUAAAAUUAAGAAAUUAUAUUACCCGAAGAAAGAAUUGAAAUAAGCAAUCGUAGCUUCUCGGUCCUUUCCGUUAUGAGAAUACACAAAACGGAUACGGUUUUUCUGUCUAACCUACUCUAUGAAAGCAAACAUGUAAACAAAUAGUAAUUCAAUGCUGGUAGUUGUUGAUUAAGUUUAUUCCAUUAUAGCGAGUAAAGGUCCACAAAAAUAAGUUAUUAAAUAAUAAGUAAACAGUACAUUAUUUAUAAACUUAUUAUUAUGGUAAUCGUUGUAAAAAUCGAAAGUAUUAAAUAGCUACCUAUCAAAAUUUAUUCGGAUUUGUUUAAAUUGUACACCAUUGGACAUUUUCAUAUGUUUUACUGAAACAGACUUUAUUUACCUUUGAAUGUCAAAAAUAUAUUUAAUUUUAUUUAAAACCAAUUGGUAGAACUAUUUUCAAUCCAUAAUUAGUGCGAGGUUAAUAUGAAUAAUAGCCGAUGUGUUCCGACUUAAAAUAAGUUGUAAACGAAUAUUUGCAUUGUUACAGUAAUACCCUGUAUCAUAAUAACAUUACAUCAAGGAAAAUCCGCAUUGUUCACGUGUAUGAACUAGAAUGGAAUUGCUGCCGUGCUAACAUAAACUUUCAAUAGGAUAUAAUUAAAAUACAAAGAGGUAUAUAGUAAUGACUAAAGAUAUUUAAUAUUUUGCUAAUAUACAGUUUGAUAGAACAAAUUACAAUCGGUGCAACCGCGUCCUAACAAUGAAAACUCACCCGGGUCAAGUAAAACUUUAGAUCAAGAUAAUUUUAUGUUUCAGGCUUUUCAACCGCAGUGGAGCCUUUGUAAGAAUGAUAUUAUUCAUGAAAUGAGGUGAAACAUUUGUUACCAAAUAUAAGACCACAUGGACUACAGCCAACUGUACAAUGGAAACGCCUAACAUAAUAUUCCAAGGAAAAGACGAGGAAUUACCAGUGACAGUUGAUAAUGAUGUAUUGGGCAUGUUGGGCAAUGAAGCAGCGUGGGUUGGAUAUUAUCUAGCGGCUGCAUAUUUCCAUUACAUUGGCUGUUUAAAAAUGAAAGGUAUGAGUGUAAAUGCAGAAUUUGACCACAACACUCCAGGCUUGUGUUAUUCAGCUUGCAUGAAGAAAGGCCCGAUAGGCAUUAGUGGAAAGAAAUGUUACUGUUUAAAUAAUACUGAUCAAUUGGAGGUUUGCAGCAAAGAAUGUAAUAAGGAUUGUAAGGAUGACGAUGAUAUUGCUUGUGGUGCAAAGGAAUGUAUGUCAGUUUACAGUUUCGAACCAGCAGCUAAAUUAUACAGCGGAGAUGAGAACUGUCUUCUAUAUGAAGCAAAAAAUGAAGGGCCGGAUUUAACAUGGUCAGACUGCACGAAAAGUCAAGGAGUUAUAUGUUCGCUUAAAGACACUGUUCAAAACGCACUCGAUAAAGGUAAAAUCCAAGAAAAGGGCGGCUGGAGAGAAUCCAUGAACAUAUGUUUCAAACUUCGUAUGUUACCACCAUCUAUAGAGCAGUUGAAAGAUUUUAAUUUGUCAACGCCAUCAUGGGUCGGAGUUAUUAAAAGCGAUGUGAUCUACAGUAUUGAAGAUGGACCAAUAACACAUACAUGGAAAGAGUUCGGCUAUCUUAAAAAGAAAGGUGACGGUGCAGUUCUGAUAUUUGACGAUGACAUUGACACUUCACAGAAACAGAUUCUUUGUAAAACUGCUAUAAAAACAACCCCAAGUCGUCGAUCAACAAGCAGUAGCACAACGAUGAAUCAUAGCAAAUAUUCAAGUACGGCGACAACGAAAAGUCAAGGCAGUACUAAAUUAAACUCAACACCAAGUUCGACACCAAAAGACUCAACGAUAAGUUUGCCUAGAAAAUCUUCUGAUGUCGGAGUCCCAGUUGGAAUUUCGAUUGGAGUCUUUCUUAUUGUCGUUAUUGCAGUAAUUAUAGCUGUCCUACUUUUUAAGAAAAGAGCGAUGUUACCGGUUACCUGUUGCUGGAAGUUUACGUCAGAUAAAACAGAAAAGCGCACACUAGGCUUAGUGAACAACAUAGCAUACGAAAUCCCUGUUAAUUCUCCUUAUGAUGAGAUUGAUGAAGAUGCUCUGCAACAGAAUAAUGACACAGCAUUUAAUAGCUCAGAAGACAAUCGAGACGAUGCACAUACAUAUUUUGUUCUUGAAAAAGAUGCAGAAGAACCUAAAACAGACAGUGGCAUAACAGGUUCCAAAGCUUACCAAAAUGAGAAUAAUGUUUAUAACACAUUGCGUUCAAAUUUAGAGCCUGGACCUAACAUUGGCGAUACCUAUGAUACGGCUGAAAAGGCAGCUAAAAGAAUGAAAGAUCAAGAUGUUGAAAAGUGUAGUACAAAUGGUGACAUGGAUGAAGAUGCGUACAAUCAUAUAAAUGCUGAACGUAUAAAAAAGGGCAAAACAGAUAAUGUGUAUGGGGUACAAGGUGAUAUUGAUAGUGAUUAUGGAGAUGCUAAACAUGUUCGUGAACAAGGCCAAAAUGUAGAAGACACAUACAAUCACAUAAAUCCAGAACAUUAACCAAAUUUUUAUUUCGCUUGAUUGAAUCUGAUGCACUUCAAAGCAACAUUUUCAAUUUUGCCGUUUUGGGUGUUCUUUCGUAAUUAUGUUUUUCGUGUUUUUUAGUGUUUUUUUUUCCUUCCUUUUUAUUUCGUAUGUUGCUGUUCAUAAUAUUUGAUAUACUGUCAAUUUUUGCCUUGCCAUAUGCAGUUAUCCUAAUAAAAUGUAUCUAAGAUACAAAUUCUGCUGAAUCAAAGAAUAAAACAACAGUUAUGGCAGCAAAAUAUUUUAAUAAUAGGCUAAAAGUUUUCAGAUGCAUUUUAAGCUAAAUCUUUAUAGAACAGACUAUGAGUAGACUUUCAUUUUUUUUAUUUUAUAUGCCUGUACACACACUUAUUUGGAUCGUGUGACUUUGAUGGAAUUUGGCCUAUGAAGUUUAUUAUAUUUAUCCCUGAAAAUUACUUUAGAAAGCAUGCAAUAUUACAUGUAUUGAUUACUUUGUAUAACUGAG